CUUCCUGGUCAGUUAAGUUUGAUUUUCAUCUGCCUCCACUCUGGUUUUUGGAUGAGCUCAUGGCAGAGAUCUCUUAAGAUCUGAAUUAUAGUUUUCAGCCAUGGGAGACUGGUCUUACCUGCUGACACUGCUACACAAGGUCCAAUCUCAUUCAACUAUAGUGGGCAAGAUCUGGAUGAGCGUCCUCUUCCUGUUCCGGAUCUUUGUCCUAGGUGCUGCUGCAGACAAUGUUUGGGCAGAUGAAGUGUCAGAGUUCUACUGUGACACUCAGGAACCAGGAUGUGAACAUGCUUGCUACAACUGGAAGUUUCCAAUAUCCUUUGUACAUUACUGGGUCCUGCAGAUCACCUUUGUGUCAACUCCUACCCUUGUCUUUCUGGGAUAUGCUGUACACAUAAUUCAUAAAGAGAAAAAAAUGAUGGAACAGCUGCAGGAUGGUGUUGAUGGAAUUAAAUUAAAGAAACGUAAAUAUACGGAUGAUCGUGGAAAGGUGAAGUUAAAAGGGACACUCUUUUGCACGUAUGUGACACAGCUCUUUUUAAAGAUCUUCCUGGAAGUUGGAUUUAGUGUGAGCCAGUUUUUUAUCUUUGGUUCUCCAUUCAUUCACUUAAAGUUCCACUGUAAAAUGUCUCCUUGCGCCGAAAUGGCUGGUGCCCAGUGCAUGGUCUCCCGUCCCACAGAGAAAACGAUCUUUAUCUUUUUUAUGCUUGCAGUUUCAGGCAUUUCAGUGCUCCUGAAUAUAAUGGAGAUCAUUUACUUGUGCUGUAAAAGGAGAAGAGAUAACAGGAAACAGUUUUUAUGUGAACAGCAUGAACUCAGUUCACAGUACCAGCCAUUCAGUAGAGCUGGCCAAAACACAAAUCGCCCACAUGGAGGAGUUCCAUUGUUCACUCCGCCAGCUCGUGCUAAGACGGGACUCAGCGCUAAUGAGAACCACAGUGAUUCCAUCGUUAAAGAGAAGGAUACCUGACAGAAAGGAUCUCUGAGUAAUUAUACAUAAUCAUUUGACAGAAUCUGCUCUUAUUGAACGUUUUGUAACUAACUUUAAACAUAAGAGCCUUGUAUGAUGAUUAGCAAUAUGAAUUAUUUCUGUUAUGCAUUGUUCAGAAAUCAGUGUUUUUUUUAAUCCACUUUAAAAAUAUUUAACAAUCAUUAAUAAAAAACUGAUUAUCAUUCCACACUCUUCUUUGUACAUUGACACUGGGCAGGAUAGCCUAUAUUCCUGAAAGAAGGAAAAAGAAUGUGGCUUAAUUGCACAAGGCUGCUGAUGUUCACUCCUCAGAGUUCCAACUCGAAAUAAGUUCCCGGCUGACUCCACAUCCCUUUAUACCCUUCCCUCUUUUCAAACUUGUAUUAACCCUCUCUGUGUAAACUCUUUUUAAGUUUCCCUGCAUAUUUCAAUUUAAACAUCGUAAAAUCUAUUGUUUUUAAUAUGUAACCCUUUUAACUGUAUUUGUUUUGUGUAAAAUAUUUUUUGGUGUAAAUAAAAUGUUUUUAAUAUUGUACCAUAUUAUAAGCCAUUUUGAAUAGAGUGAUGUUGAUGGGUUAGGAAGAAAGAAAAUGGGGGCUCUGUUGCCGAAGGAAACUGGGCACCAAUGCAUGGGCCAUCCUUGCUCCUGACUCAAGGACCCAUGUCCCACACUUGCUGCCCUGGAAAACGGCUUUCUUUCACAUCCUGAGUCUGAAGUACAGGGAGAGAGGGAAAGAGAGAGAGAGAGGGUUGAGUUUGGGGUCUAGGAUCAUCCCAGCAAAGGGUAAAAGGUGGUUAGGGGAAAUCAAAUUUGGGAGUCUCCAAUGCACAGGCCAUACCUGCGCCCAUCUGACGUGUCCAAGUGUCCUGCAGCAGGCCCCAAAAGAAUUUUUUUUUAAAAAUAUUUUU